AAAUUAUUGAAAUCGUGAAGGAUGUCAUUGAAAAAAUCACGAGUAUUUUAAAAGAAAUUAUUGAAAUCGUAAAUGAUGCCAUUGAAAAAAUUGCGAGUAUUUUAAAAGAAAUUAUUGAAAUCACAAAGGAUGCUAUUGAGAAAGUUGUGUGUGUUUUAAAAGAAAUUAUUGAAGCCGUAAAAAACAAUAUUGAAACAAUUCUAAACUAUAUACCAAUUUGCGCAAAAGCUUGUGUUUAUGUAUACAAUUCGUUGUACAACAAAACACCAGAUGCCAACGGACAAGACAUUUAA